AUGCGGGAGCCGCUCAGUCUCUUGUUCACCACCUGGGGUUUCUCCAGCCAGACGCUGACGGCGGCCCAGAAGCCCCUGGGCAGCAGCGAGGCACUGUCCCGCAGCGCGAUCGCCCCCGCCAGCCCCAUGUGCCCCGCCGGACCGCAGCCCCAGCCCGAGCCCGGCCGGAGUCGCGGAGUGAGCGUGUCUCCGGCGGAGAGGAGGAGGCGGGCGAGGCGCAGGCUUGUACCGUCAGUUCCUGCAGCGAAGCAGGCUGGGGCAGCAGCGGCAGCAGCUGUAGAAGUGUUUAACUUCAAGAUGGCAUCGACUAGUGAUCUGAAAGAAGCCACUUGCAACCAAAGUUCUUGGGACAUCUUGCUACCAGAUUUCCCUGAGGGGCCACUUUGUGAGUACCGUAAGAGGGCUUCCUUCAGCUGGAAGGAGAUGGCAGUGUUUAUAGAUGAAGAAGAUCUCAUCCAAUUCAAGAAUAGAAUCUUCUCUGCUUUUGAAAAUGAUCCUGUCUUUGCUCGUUAUCCCGGAGAAGAUGUGACCCUCGAGAAGUAUCGUGAGCUGACAUUCCUGCGCUGUAAAAGGCUCUUUGAAUAUGAGUUUCUAAAACUGGAAGAUAUCAUGGAGAAGCCAUUAAAAAUUAUGGUUCUUAUAAACUGCCUAGGGAUGUAUGAUUGGUCUCUGGGUACCAAAUAUUUGUUAAAUGCUCAGGUGUUCGGUGGUGCAAUUGAGAAUACUGGCUCUGAAAGGCAUCAGGAAUUCGUGAAGCAAACCAGUAACAUGGAGAUUUUUGGAUGUUUUGCUCUGACUGAAGUCAGCCAUGGCAGCAAUACCAAGGGCAUACGGACAACUGCCAGAUACGACCCCAGCACACAGAAAUUUAUCAUCAACACUCCUGAUUUUGAAGCUGCCAAGUUUUGGGUUGGCAACAUGGGGAAAAAUGCCACUCAUGCUGUCGUCUACGCCCAGCUGUACACUCCUGAUGGGCAGUGCCACGGAUUACAUUCCUUUGUUGUGCAGAUUCGAGAUACAAAAACACUGCUUCCUAUGCCAGGGGUGAUGGUAGGUGACAUAGGAAAGAAACUUGGGCAGAAUGGUUUGGAUAAUGGAUUUGCUAUGUUUCACAAUGUCAAGAUACCUAAAGAAAACGUAUUGAACAGAACUGGAGAUGUCACAGCUGAGGGAGUAUACGUUAGCUCAUUUAAGGAUCUCAAGCAACGUUUUGGCGCUUCUCUUGGGGCUUUGUCCAGUGGUAGAGUUAUGAUCAUAGGCAUGUCUGUGGUUAAUUUAAAGCUUGCCUUAUCAAUAGCCAUUCGCUUCUCAGCCACACGCCGUCAGUUUGGACCAACAGAUGAAGAAAUACCAGUCCUGGAAUACCAAAUGCAGCAAUGGCGCCUGCUUCCCUAUCUGGCAGCUACAUAUGCCUUAGACCAUUUCGCCAAGUCUUUGUUCAUGAACUUCAUAGAAUUUCACAUAGGUCUUCUGAUGAAGGAUAAGAGUCCAAGACAGGCUGAAAUUGGACGUGAGAUUCAUGCCUUGUCUACUGGUGGUAAACCACUGGCCUCCUGGACUGCCCAGCAAGCAGCCCAGGAAUGUCGAGAAGCUUGUGGAGGACAUGGUUACCUGGCCAUGAAUCGUCUAGGUGAUAUUCGAAAUGACAAUGACCCAAACUGCACCUAUGAAGGAGACAAUAAUGUUCUGCUUCAGCAAACCAGCAACUACUUACUGAGCUGGGUGAAUGCUAAACACCAAGAUAAAGCUCCUAUUGCAUCCCCUCUUGGAUCAGUAAACUUUUUGGAAGACUGCAAUCAUAUUCUUGGCCAGAAAUUCACAGCCUCUAGUGUUGAAGAUUGCAUGGACUCCUCAGUUCCAUUAGCUGCAUAUAAAUGGCUGGUUUGUUACCUGCUCCGAGAAAGUGUCCUGAAAUUGAGCCACGAGAAACAGUCUGGGAGUAGUGAUUUUGAAGCAAGAAACAACAGUCAGGUAUACUACUGUCGUUCGUUAGCCAUCGCUUUCAUCGAGGAAACAGUCUUACAAAGGUAUCACGAAUACACUCAUGAUCCCGACACACCAUCUACACUCCAGCCUGUGCUAAAGCAUCUUAGUGCUCUGUAUGGACUGUGGUCUUUAAGUAAACACAUGGCCGUGCUCUACCAAGGUGGAUAUGUUUCAGGUGAACAGCCUGGUAGAUUCAUACAGCAUGCUAUUCUGGAGCUUUGUUCCAAGUUGAAAGAUGAUGCAGUUGCCUUGGUGGAUGUCAUUGCACCUCCUGACUUCAUUCUGAACUCACCCAUUGGCAGAGCUGAUGGAGAGCUGUAUAAAAAUCUGUGGACAAUAGUCCUUCAAGGCAGCAAGGUGCUGGAGAGACCAUCAUGGUGGGCAGAAUUUUGUGUUAAUAAACCCCUUGUCGGCAAGCUGAGGUCGAGGAUGUAA